UGCCAAUGUUUGCUGAAGCCGCUGUAUAUGAGUGGUUACACAGACCUACAAAAAUAUCCAUCCCGCAUCCCAAGAAUAAUCUCCAAAAAUCUCCUCCCACCCUCUUUGGAGCUCCAGCUACUUCUCUAAUCGUCUUCUCCGUCACAGGAAUUGAAUAAAUGAUGGCAGGUAGAGAUAACGGUGGUGGUAGAGGCGUUUAUCCACCAGAUGGUUCAUAUGCAAGAGGACCACCACCACCAUAUCAGGUACCAAGACCACCACCACAUCCAGUACCAACACCACCAGUACCACAUCCAGCUAUGUUACAAAAUGAAUUAGAAAUGCAACGUGCUGAGAUUCGAAGACUUGUGACCGAUAAUCGGAGAUUAAUUGAUGACCGUAUUGGUCUACAGCGUGAAUUAGGUGGUGCUAAGGAGGAGAUACAUAGGUUGAAUAUGGUAAUUGGUGAUAUCAGGGCGGAGAAAGAUGCUCAUUCUAGAGAAUUUAUGGAGAAACGAUUGAAACUUGAAGCUGAGGCGAUGCAGUUGAGAAAUGAAGUUCAGAAAUCGAAUAGUUUGAGGAUGGAGUUGGCUGGGCAAGUUGAGAAUUUGACACAAGAGUUGGGAAUGGCGCGAGCUGAUAAUCAGCAGAUUCCAAUGAUGAGAGCUGAGAUUGAUGGAAUGCGUCAGGACCUUAUGCUUGCCAGGUCUGCUUUUAUGUAUGAGAAGAAAGCGAAUGUUGAGUUAAUGGAGCAGAGGCAGGCAAUGGAUAAGAAUUUGGUUUCUAUGGCUUGUGAAAUUGAGAAGCCGCGUGCGGACUUUGUCGGUGGUGAUAAGACUCAUGGAAGACCACCAUCAACUGCUGCCGUGAGGUGAUUUAUUAGUUGCCCACUUUGAAUAUCAUAAGCGCUGCCUCACUUCUAGUCAGUGGAGUCCACAUGAGCCCUUGGCACUUACAUUUGAAGACAAUCAACUAAGGUAAGAACAUUUAACUAAGAAACUGCAUCCGUAAAUACUCCAUUUUCGCUCCCCAUCUUUUGAUAAGUGAUAUGGCUAAAGUAUGAUCGGUAGUCAGGCAUGAUGAGGAACUAGUAGCUUCUUUUUCUUUAUUCGAAUGCAGGUGUUCUUUGAUUUGCAUUACCAGGAUUUGGGAUCUCUCCCUGGAAAAGACGAGGAAGAAGAAGCAGAAUUCAGAGCAAGGAUGCAAGAGCAAGUGAAUGCCCCGGAGGAUUCUGCUAUCACAACUUCUUUUCGUUCAUCAGAUUAUUAUCCUUUUCCCUUCUGAGUGUUCACAAUCAUGUUGUGCAUUUUCAGUUUCACCUUUAUUAAUAUUUGGAUUUGAAACAGGGUCAGAUGGUUUUAAUGUCUUAAUGCCUUCUAAUGUUGAAAAUACAAUUCCAGCGGCAUAGAGUUAUUUCGAGGAGCUAAAGAUGAAACCAGACGUAUCGGAACCGUCUUAAUUAUGAGCUUUCUUGAGUUACAGUUAGUUGUGGCCCCAGACUUUAUAUGUUCCUCUUUCUUUCUUUUUUUCAGUUCUGUAAUAGAAUUUAGGUCUUAAUUAUACAGAUUUAAGAUAAAAGGUGCAAUUGGAUAUUAUUUAAAUGUGAU